AUGACAGCCACCAGUGGUACUCACCAUCACCAUUUCAUCUUGAAGCUUGGUGACACCUUUAAAAAGUGGGAGCUCUUCUUCUUGGCUCCUCUCAGCAUGCUCAAACCCUUGGAGCCUGUGUUGGUUGGCCUUGACUCUCCUUCAACCAUGUCUCUUGAGACACCUGCAACCCAGGAAUGGGGAGGCAGGGAAGACUGGACCAUGACCAACACAACCAAACAAAAGGAACUCAAUAAGCUCCAAUAUAACACCAAAGCAUCUCAGAUAAAGGUUGAGGAGGUGAUGAGAAAGCAAUUAGGGGAACUGCCCACUUCCCUGCAUGUGGCACUAGAAUUGUGGAUUGCCAUUGUCAGUUGCAACAUCUUUAAAAACUACACUUGGAAAUUGGAGAAACAGAAGCCAUUGGCAGAAUUGAGCACAACAGGUGACAACAAGAAAGGUGUCUCAGACAAGGAGACAGAGGACAAUGAGGAUGACAAAGAGGAUGAUGAAGAGGAUGACAAGGAGGAGGAUGAGGACUAG